UUUAAUACCGUCCUAUACUGAAAGUAUCAGACAAUUUCGUUCAUAUAUUUCGCUCUCUUACGAGGACGAUGACCAUACUCGAAACUAUCAAGGUGUAUUUAAGUUCGCCGCGUGUAUUCGGAAGAUGAAAGAGGAAUGGUACGGGUACAACGAUAUGGACCCGGUUGCGGAGAAAAGCUAAGAGCCAGGAGUUUGCGCGAACAGAUCAAUACGCUUGCCCCCUGCACGUGGAUUUGCCACUCUCCCUCCCUCGCUCUCUCUUACACAAGCAUACGCAAUAUAUACAUGUAAUAGUACACUAUCAUUCUCCGUUCGACCCCUCGGACUUCUUACCCUCUUCUUUCUCCCUAAAUUUACCCCCCACCUUUUUCUCAGUCAUUCUCUCUUUUUCUUUCUAUUUCUCUCUUAUUUUGUCUUACGGUGAUGCCGCACAGACAACUUGUUUCUCAUUCAUCUCAAAUUGUUCCUGCAUCUUCCCAUCUUUUAUUAUUUUUCUUUUUUCAGCAUGUUUCGAACGUAUUUCACAAUGGUCCCAACUAUCGUCAUCGUCAUCGUCAUCAUCUCGCUCUCUAUAUUUCCCUCUUUCUACUUAUCUCUUCCGCCUAUCAUCUCUCUCCCACCCUAUCAACGCAUCUCUCCCUCUCUUUCCCCUCCUUCUCUCUCUCUCUCUUCAUCUCUCUCUCUCUUUCUUUCUCUCUCUUACUCUCUUUACCGAUCGUUCCCUUUCUACCAUCAUCUCUACGUUCUGCUACCCCUUGGUGAGGUGGCGGUCCAGAGCGCAGAGCGCGUCAGCCGUGCGGGAUGCUGAAUCCAAAGGAGAUUCAGUUGUACGCCUGGCUGCUCUGCCACUGUGCACUCUGUGCGCGUUUCAUAACGUUCUUCUUUCUCUGAGUUGAAAACUGUCAAAUCUUAGACGACAUAUUUUUUUUUCUUUUCUUUAUCAUCUCUCUUUCUCUCUCUCUCUCCCUCUCUCUCUCUCUCUUCUCCCCCUCUCUCUGUCCACUCUUAUCUAUUGCUUCAUUUCUCCAUCUUUUAUUCUCUUUUUUUCUUCCUUACGUUCUUCUCCUUUCUCUUUUUAUCACCGUCAUUCCCAAUUUCCUUUUUCCACAUUUCCCAUUAUUUUAUUUCGUUGCGUCGCAUUCUCUUCCGGGGUUCAUAUCGCCGACGGAUCGAACGAGGAAUGGACUUUUUGUGAAAGAAAGGCGUGUACCGAACAUCCACGAUUACAGGCUACCGUCACGUCGAAGGGGAAGGGGGUGGAGAGAACAGGACACGAGGAUGGGUGUCUAUGUGAUUGGGAUAGUUGGCGUUAUCGUGUUUUACGUGGCUGUACUCGCCGUUGGUAUUUGGGCUGCGUUUGUAAAAAGAAAGAAAAGUCAACAGCAGCAUGGCCAAAACGACAUGAUAUUGGCGAAUCGUCGAUUAGGACCAUUGCUUGGUGUCUUCACGCUCGUAGCCACGUGGGUAGGUGGUGCAUACGUGAACGGAACUGCUGAAGUCAUGUAUACGAAGGGUUUACUUUGGUGUCAGCCGCCAAUUGGUUACAGCCUGAGUCUUCUCUUUGGCGCUGUAUUAUUUGUGAGACCAAUGAGGAAAGCCGAGUAUGUGACGAUGUUGGAUCCGUUUCAAGAACGAUAUGGUGCCGGAGUUGGUGGACUACUCUUCAUUCCGGCACUAUUUGGUGAUUUGUUUUGGUGCGGAACGGUAUUGAAGGCUUUAGGAAGUUCGUUGGUCGUCAUUGCUGACGUUGAUCCACAUUUGAGCAUUUGUGCAUCGGCAUUGUUAGCAGCCAUAUAUACCGUUUUCGGCGGACUUUAUUCCGUAGCGUGUACAGACGCUCUCCAAUUGGCCUGCAUAGUUCUAGGACUGGCUAUCACAGCACCGUUUUCCAUAUUCCAUCCGGCUACAUCGUUUGAAAAGAAUUUAUCGUCUAGGGAGUGGCUCGGCGAAAUUAAAAACGAGGAUCUAGCGACGUGGAUCGAUGGCAUGCUUUUACUCGUAUUCGGUGGAAUACCAUGGCAGGGAUACUUUCAACGAAUAUUGAGCUUUCGAAGCACGACCGUUGCAACAACUUUAUCGAUAGCUUCGAUGUUCUUCUGUAUAAUGCUCGCUGUACCUUGCGCUUUGAUCGGUGUUGUGGCACGUGCAACGGACUGGACGAUGAUCGAGGGUCCGAACAAGACUCUGUCUUUCGAUGCUAAUGCUGCAUUACCUCUCGUGUUGAGGUACUUGACUCCACCAUGGGUUUCUUUCAUAGGCCUUGGAGCGAUCUCAGCUGCAAUAAUGUCUUCGGCAGACUCCAGCAUACUCGCUAGUAGUACUAUGUUUUCAAGGAAUAUUUAUAGACUCACACUUAGACCAAAGGCAUCCGAAAGAGAAUUAAAUUGGAUAUUACGUAUUUCGGUGCUAAUGGUCUCCGUUCUCUCGACUAUUUUCGCUCUCAAAAUUGACAGCAUUUAUUAUCUUUCGUAUCUCUCCUCCGAUCUUGUGUAUGUCGUACUCUUCCCUCAGUUACUGGCGAUCAUUUAUUGGCCUUCGUUGGUCGAUACUUAUGGAUGCCUCGCGGGAUACUUUGUUGCUGUGGUAUUACGUGUCGGUGGAGGAGAAGAGGGUUUGGGUAUACCGGCACUGAUCGAGUACCCAUUUUACGACAAAGUGACCAGAACCCAGAAAUUUCCCUUCCGGACUGCCGCGAUGUUGUCGGCUCUCUUCGUGCAGAUCAUUGCUAGCUUCUUCACGCGAAAUCUUCUUGGAAAGGGAUAUUUCCCUCGUUGUUGCGACGUCCUUAGCGUUUAUUCACCUGGAAAGACAAAAGACCAAUCAGGGGUGAUACAGAGUAACUCGGGCGCAGCUCUAAUGGAUUCCUCUUCAGUAAACAAAUCAUUGUCGGGUAUAGAUGCAUGCGAUGGUGUCAGUGGUUGCAAUUAUGAAACUGAUAGGCCUGGAGCUCUCAGUUUAAACGAGGAUCCACGUUCUGAGCAACGUUGUUCCGAAAAUAACGUUGCUGUCAGCGAUUUUACAAAUAAUGAAACGAUAAGGGGAAACACCGUUGCAUCUGUCAUACAAAGAACCAAUCAAACUAGUCAAAGUUUUCACGGGAUCCCAAGAAAUUCUUCAGUCCAACCGAUCUCAUUGACUGGUAGGCAUGUACAAACGGCAACUAAUCAAUACGUUCCAAUACCGAUCAACGAAGCCAAUGCAACGUGUAGAGGUCAGAUUCUUGGAGUGCGCAAUCUUCGAGAUUCAUUAGGUCAAAUGCUUUUGCCAGUCGACAACAAUGUUUCUUCGUCUGGUGGUAAUGACGUUGGAAAUAUCAAUGCGAUUCCCUCGAAUACGACAAUACCAGCAUCUAUGUCAAUUGUUUCAUCUUAUAACAAGAUAUGUAAUGAGAGCAUAACGACAAAUGAUAAAUUAUCGCGAGACUGUGAGAGAACUGUCGAUAGAAAUCCAGUGGAAUUUAAUUUAAAUGCUCAGGACAGUAUGCUUACAAAUGUUUGUGGUAAGAAGAAUGUUAAGGGUGUCAAAUUGGUCGGUAUGGAUGGUGGAACUUUGAGAAGACCGUCGUUACAAGGUACAUUCUCUCCAACACCAUCCGUAGAAUUGGUUCACAUUCUGGAUAGACGACAAAGUAGUGGUUCUUACGGUCCAGGAUCUUUAUCUCCAGUUCCAAUGGGCAUAGAAGCAUGUAAGACUCAUGGUACUGCACCCGAAGGACACAGCGGGAACGAACAUUGCAGAAUAAAAAGAGGGAUCGUCAGGCAUCACAGCUUUAACGACACCGGAGAUCGAGCUCUUACAACAUUGGCCAGACAACCGACUUAUCCUUCGAUGCCGUUACGACCGGAGGAUUGUCGUAUGACUUUAGUGAAGAAGGACAAAAGAACGGGUAUGAUUGCUCGUCAUUCCUCCGUAACGAAUGAAAAGGAACUCGGUGGAUGUACGACCACCGGUGUCGUCAUCUGCAGCCCAAGUUACAGUAUGUACGGUUCAGCCGUUAAGAACUCCAAUUACUUUGUGACCGACGAUGAAGCGGUCAGCAGAUUUUAAAAGAUAAAACGUCGAAGUGGAAAAUUGAAGAGACUAAGAAUCGAUGACAAUCGUAGCUAUCUUCUCAUAGAUGAUAGGUCAGCUCCUUCGUACCUCUAUAUCUCAGUCCCAAUUUUUUAUUAUUGAUUUGUUCAGUAAAUUUCUAUGAAAAUGUCAUACCUAUCCUUCUUUUUUUUUUUUUCUUCUUUUUUAAUAUACAUAGAUACAUCCUAUACAACACAACUUUCCGUUCCAUUGUUCAUUAGGUCGACGUAGGUUAUAGAUGGAACAGAUAGCUCGGCGUUUAUAACACGGCUGACGAAGCUGACGACGAACAUUUUUUUUUUUUAAAGCGACAUCAAGCGCACACGCAAAGGCAGGGUGGCUUGUGCCAUAUAGCAGAAAGCACGUGACAUAAGCAUUUCUAUCUGACAAAUACGUACAUGCAUAUAACAAAUACUUCUAGGAUAUAGACGCGUUCAUCCUUUUGUUUUAUCAUCAACGUAUAAAAACUAACAAAGACAAUCUGACGAUUAAAAAGAUACCCUACUAUUCUAGAUAUUCAUACAAUGAAAUGCUUGUGUUCGUACAACUCGCUAACGUGCAAUAAUUGAUACACACAUUUGUACAUAACAAUUUAAUAUUUAUAACAAUUACGAAAAUGUCUACUUUCGCGUGCUCGAUCUUAAAGCCCAUAUUCGUCCAAUUUAUAAUUAUGCGAUGUUAUUUCAAACAAGAAAACACAUGAUCAUGUCUCGAAUGUGCUUGCGAAAGGAGAGAUGAUCGUGAGAGAUCGAUUAAAAACUUUCUUGUAUAACUUAUAUACAUUUGAAAUGUUUAGAGUAUCACUUGAGUCAAGUAGUUCAAAUCGAAACUAGUCAGACCCUGUCCAUUAAUCACCACUAUAUACCUCUUUACUGAUACAUAUAUUACGUUUAAGAUAUUAAUAGGACUGAAGUUUCGAUAUCCUUUAGUUUUCGAUAUCCAUCCUAUUUCAGACUGAAACAAAUGAAUUUUGUACAAAAAAAAAAAAGGAAAAGAAGAGAGAAAUGAAUGAGGAGGAAAAUCGAAUAAGGAUGCAACUUCUCUUUAGCAAAAGGACCUUUUAGAUACAUACAUAAAAUACUUGUCGUUCGUAGGGAACAGAGAGAUUAUUUCUUUCUUUCUCUAUCUCUGUCUCUCUCUCUCUUUUUUAUGUCCAAUCUCAUCUGUAUAUAAUAUUAUAUUUAAUUAGUAUUUCAUAUUUCAUACUUACCACAUUACAAACAUAAUACGAUCUUCACAUACGUUCUUGCGAAAAUUAGAUAUAACCUAAGCAAUAGAUAAUUAAUCGAUAAGAAUAGAUUAUCGAGUAAUAACAUAUAUAUAUAUAUAUAUAUAUAUAUAUAUAUAUAUAUAUAUAUAUAUUAUAGGAAUGGCGUACUUACGCAAUCUUAAAGUUUUCACAAUCGAAUGAAAGAUAUGAGAGUUGAUAAGCAUAGUCAUGAAGAUGGGUAGCGUAAACUUCGUUUUUGGAAAGACCAUUAUAUCAAAAAGAUAAUUAGAUUGUUCUGCAAAAAAAAAAGAAAAAAAGAAAAAAAAAACAAAACGUAACGUUGCGAAACUCCUUUCGUCCGUUUUUUUGUUUGUUAAGGCUUUAAAGGUGAGAAUUUUUAAUAAUUUAUGUCAAAUCGCUAAUUGCUUUAUCGUCAUAUUUUUUGGGACGAGGAGAAUUGAGCUUUUUAAUUUUUUAAUUUUUCUUUUUCAUCUUCAUUAACGAAGAUUACGCCGCUUGUAAAAGAACGUCCAGUAAAUUGGGUGCAAAUUUAUGAUACUCUGACAACAAAAAAUACGAUAUUUUUCCACCGAUAAAUCGUAAGGUCUGUAGGAUUAAUAUUGUACAAGUAGAUAGGAACGCGGAUGUCCACGAUAAAUCGGUGUGAUUAUAAAGUGGAAGUUAGAUCGUCCUUUUAUCGAACAAUUGUCGCUAAUGUAAAUGAGAAAGAAUUAAGUAUGUAGUAUCUCAAAAUAUGUACGUAGAGUAAAUGCUCCGAUCCAUUUGUUAAAUGAGAUUUAAUAUUUAAGAUUUCUUUUUAAUUUUUCUUAUUUCGAUCGAUUUUUUUUUUUUUUUUUUUUCUAUUAAUUGUCGAUGAUCGUAUCAUUUGUUAUUAUUAUUUAGAGAAUGCACUUAUCCCUACCACAUGAUUCGUACUUAAUUCGAAAUAAUGAAAGCACAUAUAUAUGUAUAUAUAUAUAAACUUUUUAUUUACUUGUUUUUAAACUACAUUUUAAUGAUAAACUUAUUAAUAUUUAUUGUGAUCUUUUUGUUGCUUUUUUGUGAUUAUAAAAGAACUUGUUUCAUUCCUUUUUUUCGUUAAAAAGUGAUUGGAGCCAAGAGUUUUCUCUACUUUUAUAAAUAGCCAGGUUCGUAUCCAUCCCCGUCGAAUUAAAAGAGUGAUCCUCAUCUCUCGUAUAUAUAUAUAUAUAUAUAUAUAUAUAUAUAUAUAUAUAUAUAUAUACAUAUAUAUACACAUACAUAACAAUUUUUAGUAAACUAAUAAUAAGCGGAAAAAAUCGUAAUUAAGGUAGUAAUUAUUAAUUAAUAAUAUAGAGACGUGGAGGAAUGGGUAAGGACCUGAAGAAAAUAACAACAAGAAAAAUAAUGAUAAAAUAAUAUUACGUUGAUUUUAUUCUGUCGGACGUCGAAAAACCUAUAUCAGUAUUAUUCGAUCGUAGAGAAGGAUUCGUGAGUUAGAGAUCGAAUUCUGAUGGGCGAAUCCUUGUGAGAGACAACUCUUGUCUUUCAUAGAAUUACUUAAUUCGUUAAAAUAAUAUGAUUAGCACAGGCAAUACGGCGAUCGUGUUGGCACAAAUACAUAAUAUGUUUUUGCUUUAAAUCAAAAUAACGAAACGAUACUGCCCUUUCUAUGAACAAAAGAAAAAAAGUAAAAAGUAGAAAAAAAAGAACAAGAGGAAGAAAAAAGUAAAAUUCGAAACAGAAAAUUUUUUUCUUUUUGUUUUUGAUAUUAUAUGUACGAAUAUGGAGUGGCCGAGAACAGUAAGCAAUCUUAACAUUGUCCUAACGUAGAAUAUACAUAUACGGUAGUUAUAUCUAAGUUCAUUUAUUCUAUAUCUAUUUCCCUGAAACGACGAUAUAUAUAUGUAUAACAGCAAAAUGAAAAAGAAAGCCGAAGAAAAAUGUUUUUUUUAUACUUAGAAUCAUACGUACAUAAACAUAUAUGUACGUAUAAUAUCGACUGAGACCGCGUCCUCCCCUAUUUCUCGACUAUCAAAUUCUAAUGAAGAAAGAAAUAUUCCCGUCUUUUAUAAUAAACAAAAAACAAAAAAAAAAGAAUACGAAGAAGAAAAACUUUCUAUACAAGUUUAAAAUGAAUUACUUGGUCUAGGAUUACCAAUUAUUUUUCUACUUUUAUCUAUGACGCAAUAUAAAACAUAAAAGAGAAUGCAUACAGAUAUAAAAAGUACAAUACACGAUAUAUAAGUACACGUUAAUGGAGGUUGAAAAAAUAAAAAAGAUAGUAAAAUUAGUAGUUAAAUAUUAUAAUUGAUAACAUAUAAGUAUUCUAUACAUAUAUACAUACACAACAUACAUACAGUAAUGAGCUAUAUCCAUAUUCGGCUAAUUAUAUUCUUCAAAUCAGUUAUCAUUUUGAUUUCGAUCAUUUUAUAGAUUGAGAAUGUUCCGUCAGAACGUAUAUUUUCUAAUUCAUAAAAUUCGUCAAUAGUUCGUCAUUUCUAUACAAAUUAUUGUUGAUAUUAAUUUUAGAUAUAUGCGAUCGCCGUACGUUAUAAAAAAAAAAAAUAAUAAUAAUAUUAAUAGUAAUAGUAAUAGUAAUAAUAGUAAUAAUAAUAAUAAUAAUAAUAAUAAUAAUAAUAAUAAUAAUAAUAAUAAUAAUAAUAAUAAUAUUAAUAAUAUUAAUAAAAUUAAAAAUGUAUGGUCGUCGAAAAGGUUCGUGUACGUUUGUUACGUAAUAAAACAAAGCAAAAAAAAAGAAACAAAAAAAAAAUGAGAGACACAAGGACAAUUCAGCUUUUCUAAUAUCUCUCAAAAUAAUUUAAUUUUACAGAACCAUUUUCGUCGACGAAUACAUGCAGACUAUAAACUUCGAAUGAUAUCGGCUUAUUUACAUAUGUAUAUAUGAUACAGUGAUCUCUUUAAAAAAAAAUCAUUUUGGUUGAUAUACACAUACACAUAUAUUUUCUUCUUUUUAUGUUUACUUCAAUUAUUUAUAAUUUAUUUUUAUGAAUUUAUAUUAUUAUUUAUUAUUUUAUCGCCAUACGAUAUCUCUCGAAGUUUAUGUACGAUACACGUGAAUAUAUACAUACAUACAUACAUAAUAUAUAUAUGUGUGUGUAUGUGUGUGUAUACAAUAUAUAUGACAAGUAUAUACAUACAUAUAUGUACACACACAUUUACCAUAAAGCAGAAUAGGAAAAAUUUUUGUUCACGCGCAAACAAAAAAAAACAUACGAAGCGUCUCUUCUUUUUGUUUCUCUCCUUAGGAUUCAACUUUUAUACUCGAAAAUAUCUAUUAAGUAAAUAUUUUCACUUUUAAAAGAGCAAUCCUUUUUUUACAGUCAGCGAAAUCACUUAUAUGAAAAAAAAAAAAAAAACAAACCAACAAAAAAGAAUACGUAGUUUUUACUAAUAUAAUUUGUAAAAUCUCAUAAAGAAAAAAAAAAUAUUGUAAUUGAAUCGCUUCGAUGUAUACAUACCAUAUGUAUAUAUACAUACUAAAUAUAUAUUUGCGUACUAAACCACUCCAUAUUUGCAUAUGACAUUUAAUAUGUCCUGAAAGCAUUUAAAUGUAAUAUGCAAAUAAGGAUUGUAAUGUCUGAUUAGAAAGGGACACUCACACACACACAUAUACAUACACACAUACAUACAUACGCACACUUUCGUUCUAUAAAUCAAUAUUAACACACGAUAAUGACGUUGUGUUACGUGAAUUACGUGCCAAAGCGUAGAUUAAAGAAAAUAAAUAAAAUUAUAUCUCUUACAAUUAGAUGACUUCGUUGAAUUGACCAGUGCGAUCGAUCAAAUUAUUUACUAAUGAAAGAUUGGAAAUGAUUCAUCGAUGCAGUGAUCGAUACAUCGAAUAACUGAAUAUAGUAAUAAGCUCGCCUUAAUUUGAAUGCCGUACGAAGAGGAGAGGAGAAUGCAUCGUCGAUCUACGAAAUCGUUGGAGAAUAUUGGAUGAACAAAAAUGAAUUUUCUUCUGUUUUUUUUUCUUUUCUUCGUUCAACAUUUUUUUCCGACGUUAUUUCUCAAACAACGACUGAGCUUACUCUUCGAUCGUACGACACGAUAAGAAAGAUCAGCCACACGCACACACACAAAGUUAGUAUUAAAAAAAAAAUAUAUAUAUAUAUAUAUAAUUAAAACUAGACGUAAGAUCACACGUAGAGGUAUAUAUAUAUAUAUAUAUAUAUAUAUAUAUAUAUAUAUAUAUAUCUUAAUUUAUUCUCGAUACAUCGAUGAAAAUAUGUAUAUGUGAAAUAAAUGUGGUCAGUGCUACCAUCUGAAAGAAACGUAAAAAAAAAAAAAAAUACGUGAAUGAAUAAAUGGAAAUGUCAAUAAUAAAA